AUGGGUAUCGUACCAAACAUCUUACAUCCUCCUUCCCAGCUUCUAAUUUCAUUCAAAGCUACACGCCACGCCACGCCGAUAUUCCACUACAAGAUAUUCUACCCUCUCAACGUAAGAGAAACAAGUCUGAAGAAGACGAUAAGAGGGAAUAGUCAGAUCAGAUCGAUUUUGCGAAAUGUCCUUGUUUUGAGGCUGUGGGGGCUGGAUAAGUGGUGUGAUUUUGGCUAUAUGUGGGAUUCUGCGGUCGAUCAUCUAAUGUCUCCGAUCGGAGAUGGACAACUUCCUCGAUCUUUCCCCUUUGGCUCUCAAUCCACUGCCCAGGCCUCUCCUCUCGAGCGUUCAUUCCCGUUUCUUCGAUAUCACAUCGGAAUCGGAUUCAUAGCAGGAUGUGCUCCAGCGAUAUUGGUCAUGAUUAAAUUUGUCCAAUUGCGCUCGUGUGCGACUCAGUCCGGAAAAUACUGUAUUCCUAUCCUCGCAAUGACUGACGUCUCUGCUGCCAUGUCUAUUCGGAGCCUUCUCAUGGUGCUAGGAUACCGCUGCCAGAUAUGUAGCCCUGUUUCGCGGCAAAAGUCCAUUACAGAAGCUGGUAACGAUACCGGUCGACUUCCCAAAGACAUGCAUAUUCGGCUAAGCUGGUGCCAUUCUAAGUGGCGCUGCACUCCACGGUCGUCAUCCUUGCUCUCCAUUUCUCCAGCUCAAGGCCUCAGAAUACCCAGUCGUGUGCCACUCAUUGCCGCUCUGGCAAUAAUACUUCCAGACAGCCGCAGCAUCAACAUCUUGCCAGACUUCCCGCGCCUCAGAAUCUCUCAAUUGAAGCGCUUGUUGGAAGAUGAGCUUCAAAUCCUUCCUUCGAUCAUGGCCAUAGGUACCAAGCGCCUCGCCAGUUCUGCGCAAGUGAUUGUGUAG